CGGAAUCUACGGAAAGCAGUUGCGUACGUGCAAGUGUGACUUGUUCAACGGCCAACCUUCUUUCUUUCCCAUUUCUUUUUUUUUAAUCAGUUUUUUCUGAAAGUUGUCAAAAAAAUAUGGUUACAUGGAUUAAUUUUCAGAUAUUAAGAUAAUGUUUAAUUUGUUAGCAGUUGCUAAUUAAGACAGAUCAACAAGUUUAAGAGUUAUUGCCUUGAAGUUUCCGUUUCAUCUUCUAUUUGUCUUUUUUCUCUUCUGGGUUUAUGGCAGUUUUUGUUUUCUUCAGGUGCUAUCAAUUCCUUAAUUGAUUGAAGAAAAAAUUCAUUUAAUUUUAUUGUUGGUCUGAGAGAAUUUGACUGGAGUCUGCACUUCCAUACAAGGUGGUUUAGACCCAGUCAGAAAAUAAUUUGUUCUGUUCAGGGCCUGAAUUGCCGGCGGUUCUGUUAAUUUUACGUUUUUUCAACCGUUUUGGAGCCUUUCAAUGGAGCAAUUCCGGCAGAUCGGAGAAGUAUUAGGAAGUGUGAAGGCUUUAAUGGUAUUACAGGACGACAUUCAGAUCAAUAGAAGACAGUGUUGUCUUCUGCUUCAUAUUUUUACUCUAGCUUUCAACACAAUUGCAGAGGAGAUCAAGCAGAAUUUGAAGCUUGAGGAAAAAGCAACCAAAUGGAAACCCCUUGAAGAGCCUUUAAAAGAGCUUUACAGGGUCUUUAAAGAAGGGGAAUUUUAUGUUCGAAGAUGUUUGGAUAGUAAAGAUUGGUGGGGUAAAGUUGUCAGCCUCCAUCAGAAUAAGGAUUCGAUUGAGUUUCAUAUUCAUAACUUGCUUAGCUGUUUUCCGGCUGUUAUCGAGGCUAUCGAGACCGCUGGUGAAAUCUCGGGGCUUGAUCAGGAUGAGAUGCGGAAGAAGAGGCUGAUGCUCUUGAAAAAGUAUGAUCGGAGUUGGCAUGAUCAUAAACUUUUCCAGUGGAGAUUUGGGAAACAGUAUUUGGUUUCUAGAGAAAUUUGUCAUCAGAUUGAUUGUGCAGUUAGAGAAGAUGGAUGGCUUCUCAUUGGAGCAAUCAAAGAAAAGAUUAAAAAAGGAUCAGUAACGAAGAACGAGCAGCGGCUCGGAGAUUUCUUGCAGAAGAAGCUAAACGGACAGCUCUUAAGUAACGGAAAACUUCCUCCGAGUUCAAUUCUGUUGACAGCAGAGGAUUAUCACGUAAGGCGACGACUAGGAGGAGGUAGUGAGUAUAAGGAAAUUCAAUGGCUAGGGGAGACUUUUGUUUUAAGACAUUUUUUUCAGGAUAUUGGGCCAUUGAGUUCUGAGAUUUCUACUCUGUUAUCCCUUUCCCAUCCUCAUAUAGUUCCGUACCUUUGCGGAUUCUAUGAUGACGAAAGGAAAGAAUGUUUUCUAAUAAUGGAGUUGAUGAGCAAAGACCUUUAUGCAUAUAUGAGAGAAAAUAGCAGUUCAAAGAGACAUGUUGCGUUUCCUCUUACCGUCGUUGUUGAUAUCAUGCUUCAAGUAGCUCGAGGUAUGGAGUUUCUCCACUCCCGAAAGAUUUAUGUUGGAGAUUUGAAUCCAACCAAUAUCUUUCUCAAACCAAGAAAAUCCACAGAAGGUUAUUUUCAUGUCAAAGUUUCGGGGUUCGGAUUAACUUCUGUUGAAAACCACGCUUCUCGAUCUGCAUUGUUGUAUCAAAAUAGUUUUGAUCCUUGUAUUUGGUAUGCACCUGAAGUUCUGGCAGAAAUAGAACAGACAGGACCCGCAGGAAGUAGUUUGACACAUAAGUACUCAGAGAAAGCUGAUGUUUACAGUUUCGGGAUGCUCUGUUUCGAGCUUUUGACGGGUAAAUUACCGUUUGAGGACGGGCAUCUUCAAGGAGAUCAGAUGACAAAAAACAUAAGAGCAGGAGAGAGACCAUUAUUCCCAUCUCUGUCACCAAAAUACCUUGUGAACUUAACCAAAAAAUGCUGGCAUACUGACCCGAGUCAUCGCCCGAGUUUCUCAUCGAUUUGUAGGGUUUUAAGAUACAUCAAGAAGUAUCUUGUGAUGAAUCCUGUUGAUGGUCAGCUUGUUAUGCAGUCACCGCCUGUCGAUUACUCGGAAUUGGAAGCAGGGUUCUUAAAAUGGCAUCCCACUGAGAUCAACUGCGAUCCAGUAUCAGUAUCUCAAAUUCCGUUUCAGAUGUUCGUUUAUCGGAUCGCAGAGAAAGAAAAGACUAGUUUAAGCUUCCGAUUCAAGAAAUCGGAAACGACUGAAGCUGCCUCGAACGGAUGGGAUGAAAAUACCUCUUUAGUAGAGGAUGCACCAGAAAGUGAUGCAAGAUCAAUUAGCCCUGAUAUGAAGACAGUUUGUUUUGAUACGAGUUCUAUCUUCAUCGACGAUCAUGACAGGAAAAUCCCGUCUGAUUUAAGGUCGGUUCGUUCCGAGCCUCCUGACAAGAGAAUAUUGAUGAUACAGAAAGGUUCCAAAUCCAAUGCCAGGGUUAGAAAAACUACAGUUAAGCAGAAGGCACCACCACCAGGAAGGACAUUGCCAUGGGAUUCACCAGGUCUCAGCAGCCGUGAGAGACUAUAUGCAAGUCCUCUUAGUCCUGACAAGCGCAAAGCAAACAGACAAACCCUGUCUCCUAAGAGAUCAUAGGUUUUUGUCACAUCAAGCUCAAGUGAUCAAGUCACGUUCAAUGUAUAAAUUCUUACAAGUCUGUAGACACCUAGUUUUUUCCAGUUCUUGUUGCCGAAUUUUGUUUCAAGCUUUUUAAAUUUGUAAUGCUUUCUUACAGGAAUAGAUAGAUUGCAAUGUUUUUACAAAUUGUCAAAAUUAAACUGCCAUAUAUACUUUUUCUCAAACAAAUUUACAACAAAUUUACAAAUUUUAA